AUGAUUCGUCAUAUACUAAAAGUGUAUUUGAGGUCAUUAGACUGUUUCACCCAUCCAGAAGCCAGUAUAGAAGUCUGUAGAAACCAACAGACAACUGAUUUAAUUAAGUUGAAUAUUAAGGCUAAAGAUCAAGCUAUGAAGUUUAUUCCAUACAUGGAAGAGUAUUGUAGGAUUCGUAUAGACCAUGUCAGUUGUGAUCUGAGAGGAUGGGCUGCUGCUAAGCGUGAUAGUUGUGCAAAUGAUACUGUGAUGGGAUUGAGAACUGAAUUAGAGUGUAGUCUCUUGCCAGAUUAUUGUUUGGAGAAUUAUACUCGGGAAGUGAGUGUCAUGUGUAGUGUAGAUAAAUUCAAGAGAGAGCAGAGAGAUCCAAAUAAUAUCCCAGAAUCUGGUCAUAGUCAUGAUCAUGAUGAUAAAAAUAGCGCCACUUCCGUUCGAUUUUCUUUGUAUUUUGUGCUUAUAUUUUUUUCCACCCGAGCUUUGUAA